UGUGGAGAAUUGUGUAUAAAUACCAGCGGUUUCCCUCACUAUUAUCCAAACAGAACAAGCCAGCCAAACAUCCACACAUCCAGCCAAACAUCCACACAGCCAGCCAGCUAAGGCAAACAAAGCAAAGAUGAAGUUCACCGCCAUCCUCCUUCCCUUCCUUACCACCCUCGCCCUCGCCUCACCGGUCGAGAAGCGUGCAACCGUCGCCAGCUACAACACGUGCCACGCGGAGAUCACGGAGCUCUACCCAAACGAAUACUCCGGCUGUCUGCAAUCCGGCAGCGUCGAGCGGGUCAACGGCGGCUCCAACACGAACACGCUCAUAGCCAUCACGAUCCGCGACGGCUUCGCGGGGCAGACGUGCACGCUCAACUUCCAGGACCCAUACUACGUGAACGGCACGCGGGGAAUCCAGCUGUUUACUGUCGGCGGCCCCGUCACCGGCGGCGAGACCUGGAACGAGCGUCCGUUCAGGAAUCAGCACGUCGGAACGUUCAAGGCAAGUCUUCCGGGCACUGCGUCUUGGAGCGACAGCACCGCUAGGUCUUUCCUAUGUCCUAAGGGCGGCACCACCCUCUACUUUGAGGCCGUGCCCACCGGCGAUAAUGAUGCGGUGUUUUGGAAGCUUCCGAGUGGGGGGUUGGUGGUUACUGUUGGUUGAGCGAGGCCGGCGGAAGUGGAGGAGAGAGAGGAGGGAGUGUUUACUUAGUCAGUCUUUUGGAGGUCAUUUGAUUUUUAGUUUUGAGUUUGCAUGUACGUUGGAAAAGUCAUGAUGUUGCGAUUCUCACUCGACAAGUCACUCAUUAAGCCACAUCCAAGAAGUUACACAUUGGUCAUAUUGGUAAUAUUUGCACGCCUCAAGAAUCCUGUUUAUUUUCAUACCUGUUUCUUAUUUUUUCUGGUAUAUCUUGCUAGUCAUUCGCUGUAUUUUGAAAUCCAAUCGAAGAAAUAAGCUCACCAUUUUCACAUGAUUCGAUGACUGUGCGAGUGAUGGUCUGUGAGACGAUACCGUCUGUUCUCGAGAAACCACGAAACAAAGUCUUCCACCCAUGGAACUCUGGG